AUGGCCGUCCAGACCUAUCCCGGCCCAAGCAACUCGACCGCUGCUUCAUCACAGCAAUACGGUCAGAGCAAUCCGACCGUUCCACCAUUACACAUGUCAUUAUCGCCGUCAGGCUCCCAUCUUCAGUACGAUUCGGCCAUUCCAACUAUAACCCAUUCGAACCCCGGUCAAACCUACGGCGCAUAUCUGGUACCACCCAGCUCGGUCGCAACGGCUGAACACCCCGUUCAAGUGGCCCAGCAGGUAAGGCCGCAGAACGAGGGGCAACAAGUUCCACGGCCAGUCGUGGCCCAACAAGAAGCGCCCCCUCAGGACCCUCUGAUAGAAGACGCUCGGCGUACGACUAAGGAUGACUCAGCCCAGAGACGGCCGGGGGCAGCGAGUUCUACUGAGCUGUACCCACCCGGAGAGGCCAGGAGUUGGCGCGACUUGCUCUCUAGGGCUUCUUGGGCACGCCGCCCAUCAAAGCACUCCAUGAGCGCAUUUCCCUCUAUCUUGACCUACGGCCAAGACAAUCAUAAACUAAUGGAGCUAGAGGUCCGAUGUUUUCAAGUUUUCGCAUAG